GUCUACACUCUACACCAAACUGCUUAGUCAUUGGACGUGAAGAUCGGGUGUUUGCCUCACUCACUCCUUGGUUGCUCAAGUUCAACAUCUCUUAAGAAAAAAUGUCGACAGCAUUAUUUGGAGGAAGUGCUCGAUCAUCAAGCAAGAACCUUCUUGAGUUCAAGGCUGGCAAGAUGUACAUGAGGCAACAAAUGGUUCAUCCAGACAAAAGGAAGGGUCUUGUGUAUUUGUACCAGGCAGAUGAUUCCCUCAUGCACUUCUGUUGGAAGGACCGUACCACUGGAACUGUUGAAGAGGAUUUAAUUGUCUUCCCUGAUGACUGUGAGUUUGUACGUGUGUCACAGUGUACCACAGGAAGGGUUUAUAUUCUUAAAUUCAAAGAACCAUUCAGGCGUCUCUUCUUUUGGAUGCAGGAACCCAAGACAGACAAAGAUGAUGAACAUUCUCGAAAGGUGAAUGAGCUACUAAAUAACCCACCAGCUCCAGGAUCACAACGGUCUACUGGGUCAACUCCAAAUCCAGCUUUGGGAUCAGAAAUAACCAAUCUCCGGGAUUCGGACAUCCAGAAUCUCUUUGGCAAUAUUUCUCAGCAACAACUGAUGCAAAUAUUGGGAAGUGGAAUGUCUAGUUUAGCCACACUUCUUGGCCCAGGUAGGUCUGGCAGUGGAGGGGGUCGAAGUGGAAGUGGAAGUAGAAGUUCUACCUCAGCUACAACCACAGCUUCCACCACUCCAGCUGCCACCACCACCCCAACACCUGCACCCACUCCAGCUCAGGAUUCUGCUAGAGGUGGCAAUAAUAGCCGAGAGAGCAACAGUGCCACUCCUGCAAGUGGCAGUGUUGUACCCAUUCAGUUGUCUGAUCUACAGAACAUCCUCUCUGGGAUCUCUGUGCUAGAGGAUGUAUCUGGUUCUCCUAGGGUUGCAGUGGAUCUAAGUCCAGCUAUGACUGCAGAAGCUCUUCAACCUAUCUUGACGAAUGAAGAGUUUGUGAAUCAGCUUCGUCCUUACCUGCCUGCAACAUCUGAUGAGCUGCCACCCACUGAACAACUUCGAGGAACCGUCACCUCACCCCAGUUUCAGCAGGCAGUGAGUUUGUUCAGCAGUGCCCUUCAGUCAGGGCAGUUAGGUCCUCUCAUCAAUCAAUUUGGUCUUGGUGAAGAUGCAGUUUUGGCUGCUUCCUCAUGUGAUAUGGAAGCUUUUAUAAAGGCACUAGGCAAGAAGAAGGACAAAGAAGAAAGUAGUAAAAAGGAAGAAGAAAAGAAAAAUGCAGAUAAAGAUAAGGAUCAAGAUAAGGAUGAUGAUGAUGCUAUGUCUGUUGAUUAAAUCAUAUGUAAGGUCAAUGAUAGUUUAUAUUAAAACUUUUUAUAGGCUUAUUUUAUAUUCUAGUGUUUUCAAAACUUGCCUAAAUUUGUCAGUUUAUGUACAUUAACACAUAUACUGUAUAGUACAUAUUUGAUAAUUUUGUUUGGAAAAUAAACUAUAACUUAGCAGUAACUUAACAUGAUAGAUAAGUAAACUGUCCUUGAUGUCCCUGUAUUUUGAUAAUUGUCCUUGGAUUUUAUAAUACUGUAUUGUAUUAUUUUGUUGAAUAUUUUUAAGUAAGAAUAUAUUAAAAUUGAGAACAGAUGUACCAUCAGUAAUGAUAAAAGACUACAGUAGGUCUGCUAUCAUAUACCGUAUAUAUUUUCUUCGGUGCACAUUAAUACAGUACUCAUCUUAUCAUUUAAAUGGAUUUUAACAGCCAGAUCUUAGUUAACCAUUGAAGUUAAACUGGUUGGUCAUAUUUUUUUUUAGUUCAUUCAACAAAAUUUUUUGUGCCUAUGUUAUGAUUUACAAAAGGAAGAAAAUUGUACUAUAUUUCAUAUUUGAGCUGACUAUCAGCACAAAACUGGAGUACUCCGUCAUGUAGGAAGUUUACAUUUUCUCUGUUUAUAAUAAAAAUGCUGCUGUGCA